GAAAAUUAACAAUCAGAUCUUGAGAGUUUGAAGGUUAACGCGGGUAACAGGCUCCGAGAAAUGUGGUGGCCUUAGGGACGGACCAACGGUAAAGAGAGAGGGGGUGGGGUGGGAGGGGAGGUCGUAGGAAACGGAGGCGAUUCCCCCGUCAAUUAUAAAGAAGGCAAAAUGCCCUCUUGUUAUAAAAGAAAAAUUAUAAUAAUAGUUGCAUCUCCAGAAAAUCCCGCCCUAACCCAUGACUUUUCUGAGAGCCUAUCCCUAAUUUUCACCUUUUGGUAAACAUUUCUUCGUUUCACCUUUUUACGCGUGGGGUAAAUUAAUUGGAAAAGAGUGGUGUAACAGAGCUUCCAGUAUAUGCUUUUCACCAAACUAGUUGUACUUACUGAUCUCUGAUAGGAAACAGCUUGUGUGAACAAUUCAAACGGAUGUAAUCACACGUCAAAUCUUCAAUUGCUUACCUGCUGAUAUUUUAAACGGUAUUUGACGUACAUCACGCGUCAACGCAUUCUUAAUUGUUUGGAAAUAUAGAUGUACUCGUUUCGAGCGAAAGGUUCUAUAAUCCUGCUCACCGCUUAAGCAUUCAAACUGUUAUUAGUGCGAGAUGAAUGUGGCAUACUUUCGCGUGAUUAAUGUCCUGGUGUUGGCGAUGUUUGUAUUUAAAAUUUCAGGAGAAACGCCGAACAGGAAGGGUGGGAAAAAACAGUUGAUCAUGUAUCAUCCGAAACCACAUCAAUCAGCUAUUGUUCUCUACGGCAACGAAGGAAGCGGCCAAAAUGAGGCUGAUAAGGAAACAAUUAACGCGCUUUCAAACAAUCUUGAAACUGUGACGAGCCUGGUCAAAGCCCAGUCAGCAAUCAUAGAAAAUCUCAGCAACCAAGUCUCCACAGCUGUCAAAGGAACAGGCAAUGAGAAGGAGUUUAAACAAAUAUUUGACAAGUUCGCCAAUCAUACCAAGCAGAUUCAAAAUGUAACAAAGAAGUUGAAUAAAACAGUUCGCCAUAUUAACGAGCUGGCAGCAGUAUGGUCAGAGACAACCAUCACAUUUAACAAAGAUUUCAAAAGCCUAAAAGAGAAAACAGGGCAAACCCAGGAUGACAUAGAAGAC